GCGACGACUCCGCCUCUACUCUUGCUCGUUCUCACCGCACCGCCGCGCCGACACACCUCGACGGCGGCAGGGGCCCUCCUCCUGGGCUCCGGUGCGGCAUCGUCUCUACGUGACGCCAACAGUUUUAGGUUUUCUCGCCCGCUCAGCGCCCAUGUGGGCCGCUCUGAAUCCGUGUCGGACGGCGUUGGCCAUGUACGGCCGGGACAUGGUCGCCGCGGCCCGCAGCACGGACCCCGUCAUCGGCCGCGACGGCGAGAUCGACCGCGUCGUCUGCACCCUCUGCCGCCGGGCCAAGAACAACGCCGUCCUCGUCGGCGCGCCCGGGGUCGGCAAGACGGCCAUCGCCGAGGGCCUCGCGCAGCGGAUCGCCGCGGGGGCCGUCCCCGAGCAGCUCCACGGAGCGCGCGUCGUGGAGGUCGACGUCGGCGCGCUGGUGGCCGGGACGGGCCUGCCGGGCAUGUUCGAGGAGCGCGUCAACCAGGUGAUCAAGGAGGCGGAGGACGCCGGCGGCGGCAAGGUGAUCCUGUUCAUCGACGAGAUUCACAUGCUCGUCGGCGCCGGCGCGGCCGGGGCCGGCACGGUGGACGCUGCCAACCUGCUGAAGCCGGCGCUGGCCCGUGGCCGCAUCCGCUGCGUCGGCGCCACCACGCUCGACGAGUACCGCAAGUACAUCGAGAAGGACGCCGCGCUGGAGCGCCGGUUCCGGAAGGUGCACGUCGAGGAGCCAAGCGCGGAGGCGACCGUUCACAUCCUACAGGGGCUAAGGCGGCGCUACGGGGCGCAUCAUGGACUGAAAAUCCUGGAUUCUACAAUCAUCGCCGUCACGCAGCUUGCUGCUCGAUACAUCACCGAUCGUCAAUUUCCUGACAAGGCAAUUGAUCUUAUUGAUGAGGCGUGUGUCAACACAAGGAUGCAGAUUGACAACCAAAAGAAUGUGCAUGCUUCGCAAAAGAUUCUGGCAAAAAAAGUGAAGAAAGCAAUUGUUAGCCCAGAGCAUGUUGCACAAGUUGUGAGCCAAUGGACUGGCAUUCCUGUCCACUCACUGGAUCAUGAAGAGAAGGAGAAGUUGGUCCAUCUAGCAGAUAGAUUGCACGAGCGGGUUGUUGGCCAGGAUGAAGCUGUGAAUUUGGUUGCGCAGGCAGUGCUACGGUCAAGGGCCGGCCUUGAUAAGCGUGGCCAACCUAUAGGAUCUUUCAUCUUUCUUGGUUCGACCGGUGUCGGUAAGACAGAGCUCGCAAAAGCUCUUGCUGAGCAGUUAUUUGAUAGUGAGAACAUGUUGAUCCGCUUUGACAUGUCUGAAUUCGUCGGGGCCAUAUCUGUGAUGCGUUUGAUUGGAGCACCUCCAGGCUAUGUUGGCUAUGAAGAUGGUGGUCAGCUAACCGAGAAAGUCAGGAGGCGCCCAUACAGUGUCAUCCUCUUUGAUGAGGUGGAGAAGGCAGAUCCCUUGGUGUUCAACAUUUUCCUGCAGAUCCUCGACGAUGGCGUGUUGACUGAUGGCAAAGGCCGGACCGUGGAUUUCAAAAACACCAUAAUCAUUCUGACCUCAAAUCUUGGGGCAGAACACUUGGCAAUGGGAAUGGCUGGCGAAAACACAAUGGAAGCUGCGCGAGACAUUGUCAUGGAACAGGUUUCCAAAUACUUCAAGCCCGAGUUUCUCAACAGGUUGACUGAGGUUGUGAUAUUUGAACCACUUUCGCGUGACAUGCUGAAGGAGGUGGUCAAAGUUCAGAUGAAGAGCAUCGUUGCCGGUGUGUCUGACAAGGGCAUCUCUCUUUCCACAACCGAUGCUGCACUGGAUGUCAUAUUAGAAGAAUCAUACAACCCAAUGUACGGCGCAAGGCCCAUAAGAAGGUGGGUGCAGAAGAACGUGAUGACAAAGCUCUCCGAGAUGCUAAUUCAAGGAGAAGUCGACGAGGGUUCAACUGUCUCCAUUGAUGCUACUGACGACAAGAAGGCACUGAAAUAUGAAGUGGCCAAGAAGGUAAAGACCAAGAAGAUAGUGCCUGUGCAAGACGGGAGGCAUGCCUUGGAAGCUCCUAGCAGCUCCAACAAUGACAUGGCAGAGGAUGACGGGCAUACCAUGGACACUGCUAACAACUCCGGUGAUCAGGCAGCAGCGGAGAUGGUUCCCGCCAGAGGUGGAUACAGGACCGAGAGUUGGUGCAAUUGCAAUUGGUGCGAUGGCCAUUGGUACCAUUGCCAGUUAAGUUGUCGAAGGGCGAUUUGCCCUGACAGACAAUACUUCUAGGAGUCCUGGGAGUACAUAUGAUCCUAGCUCACUCGGAAGUCAGCGGGGAACUUAUUUAUUCAGAAGUAGAGCACAGAAUUUGCUCUAGUUAUUCUCAGAGGCAGAGCAAAGCAAUCUUCCCAACUCGCUAUGUCUUCAUGGAUGGAAGCCUUGCUGUAAUUGCACUCAUUUUUUUCCUUUCCUUUUUUGUCUCUUGAUUUUCUCCUUUUGUUCUGUACCGCACUGCAAUGGUAGCUGGUACUGGAUGCUAGUCUGUAUUUUUUUUUCUCUAUCUUUAAUAUAUAACCAGUAGGGGCACCGCCCCUCCGGUUGCUUCAAAAAAAAAAAGGUAACCACCAGCACCAUACCACCUGCAGGGGAAGUGAACUUGAGUUCAAUCUGCUAGCGUCAAGUUACGGUAACCUUCAGGUGAAAUUGAUUUGACCAGUGGAGCGUUUUACACGUGUUUAAAUAUGUUGUUUAUUCCAUACUCCAUUCGUCCUAAAUCAUAAA